CUCCCCUCCCUCCCAAAUCCCCAACCCUAACCUCCCACCAAACAACCUACCCAAAAUGACUAAACCAAGCCCCCUCACCCCGCCGGCCAUCCGCACCAAAAUCGACCUCCUCAUCACGAACCUCAUCAACAUCCACGACCCAACCGGCGAAUUCCUCCUCCACUUACCAGAUGGCCGCAUCAUCGACACCAAAUCGUGGCACGGCUGGGAAUGGACGCACGGGGUCGGGCUGUACGGGAUCUGGAAAUACUACGAACUCACCGGCUCCGACCAGCACCUGCAGAUCAUCAAAGACUGGUUCGCGGCGCGGUUCGCCGAGGGCGGCACGACCAAGAACAUCAACACGAUGGCCGUGUUCCUGUCGCUGGCCCACCUCUACGAGACCACCCGCGACGUGACCUACCUGCCCUGGCUGGACGCCUGGGCCGAGUGGGCGAUGCACGAGCUGCCGCGCACCCGCCACGGCGGCAUGCAGCACAUCACCUACCUCACCGAGAACCACCAGCAGCUGUGGGACGACACGCUCAUGAUGACCGUCAUGCCGCUGGCGAAAAUCGGGCGGUUGCUGGGACGGCCGCAGUAUGUGGAGGAGGCGAAGCGGCAGUGUUUGCUGCAUGUGCAGUAUCUGUUUGAUGCGAAGACGGGGUUGUUUUUUCAUGGGUGGCAGUUUACAACCGACGAGAACGACACGAAGGUGGGGCAUCAUUUUGCCGAGGCGCGCUGGGCGAGAGGGAACAGCUGGAUUACGAUGGUGAUUCCGGAGAUUGUCGAGUUGUUGGAGCUCGAGGAGCACGACCCCAUCCGGGUGCAUUUGCUCAGCGUGCUGGAGGCGCAGUGCGCUGCUCUCAAGAAGUUGCAGGAGGAGGACGGGUUCUGGCAUACGUUGUUGGAUCAUAAGGAUUCCUACGUCGAGGCCUCGGCCACGGCUGGGUUUGCGUACGGGAUCCUCAAGGCCGUGCGGAGGAGGUAUCUCGGCAAGGAAUACCGCGGGGUGGCGGAGCGGGCGAUCCAGGCGGUCGUUGGGGCCGUGGAUGCGCAGGGCGAGCUGCAGAAUACCAGUUUUGGCACGGGGAUGGGCGAUAGUCUGCAGUUCUACAAGGAGAUCCCCCGCACGGCGAUGCCGUAUGGGCAGGCGAUGGCGAUCAUGGCGUUGGGGGAGUAUCUGCGGGGGAUUUCGUACUAGAUGGUGGGUGUAGAUGCAUGCGCAUAGAGAAUGCAGUAUAGAUGUAUAGAUUCAAGACCUGUUUCUUUACUCGUUGCCAAC